GGAAGCUCAGGACGAAAGAUGCAGUUUAUGUUGCUUUUUAGUCGUCAGGGAAAGCUUCGACUGCAGAAAUGGUAUGUCCCUCUAUCAGACAAAGAAAAGAAAAAGAUCACAAGAGAACUUGUUCAAACCGUUUUAGCACGGAAACCUAAAAUGUGCAGCUUCCUUGAAUGGCGUGAUCUGAAGAUUGUUUACAAAAGAUAUGCUAGUCUGUAUUUUUGCUGUGCUAUCGAGGAUCAGGACAAUGAACUAAUUACCCUGGAAAUAAUUCAUCGUUAUGUGGAAUUACUUGACAAGUAUUUUGGCAGUGUGUGUGAACUUGAUAUCAUCUUUAAUUUUGAGAAGGCUUAUUUUAUUCUCGAUGAGUUUCUUUUGGGAGGGGAAGUUCAGGAAACAUCCAAGAAAAAUGUCCUUAAAGCAAUUGAGCAGGCUGAUCUACUGCAGGAGAAAACAGAAUAUGUAUCACAGCAAGAGUUUCAUUGGGCGUAAGAAAGUGUACCUAGACCACGUCAUGAAUAUUUUAAUGUCCCUGUGUACUAAAUGACUACUCAUCAAGUAUGCAGACUUUCACAGAGGAAAUAGAGAGCUGAUAUACUUAUGAAAGAAAAUAUCCUCAGCUUGGUGACUGAUUACCUUGUAUGAAAAUAAUAGAACAUUUCAGAACUAGUACCUUUACGAUUGUAUUUUUUCUUGUUCCCAUUUUCAGCUUUUCUGUUUUAUUGUCAUUUGAUACAUGACCUUGAUAUAGCUUAUUCUUGUUCACACUGAUUUAAUUUCUUUACACAGUAUGGCCUAUGAAUGUUUUAAAUGACAUUUCAUCUUAAACACAUACAUAUUGUCAUUAAUGAGCCAUCUGUAAUUCAUCUUAUAAAAAGAAAACCUGGCAAUCAUUAAAAUAUUUACCAAAGACAAUGGAGCUGAAGUGCUAGGCUGAAACAAGCAGUGCCAUAAUAUGUAGUGUGGUUUGGUUUACCAAUGUUGAAAGAAAAGUGAGACUAUAUUUAGAGUAAUAAUCUUACAGUCUGUAUGAGCUAAUAUGCUCUAAUGUGUCACAUAAAAGUGUAUAUGGAAAUAAUACAGGAAAAUAAAACAAUUCUGUACCAUUUUAAAAUAUUUAAGGUUAAGACAUUGUAUUGUAUUUGAGAAAUUUUGUAGUACCACAUUUAAGUUACAUUUGUGCCAUAUAAAACAAUCUCUUUAAGAACAGAAAGCUGUGUCAGAAAAGUCUCUCUUGUUAUAUUUAUUGCUUAAUAGUAGCCAUUUAAAAGCAUUAAUACUGAGUUUAUUAUAGUUCAAAAUUUCUAAUAUUCAGUUUCAAUACCUAAGUACUUAUAUUUUACUAGUAUGGCUUUCUAAUAUAUUCAGUCUUCAUUUAAGUAUUUAAUGCUUUGUUAACUAUGCUUCCUGUUUCUGAAUAUUAAAACCUUUGCUAUUGAUCACUAUUGUAUUUACUUUUAGCAAAACAGACAGCAUAUUAUAAAAAGAAAAGUAUCAAAUAAUUCAUUGCUUAUCUGUAGAGAGAAGUUUGAAGUCUGAGUCAAAUAUGGCAUCAGUAAACAACUUAAGAUGAUCAAACUGGUUUACCCCUGAAAGAAAACCAAUGAAAGUGUAUUUUGACCAAACUUAGUAUUAGGCAAGCAUAUUUAUUUAUUUUCAUUCUUACUAUUCUUGCUGUAAUGCACUCCAUUUGAAGCACCUGGAGGGGCUAUCAAAUGAGAAAUUUAGCAUUACAUUUUGAAGCACUCGGAAACAUUGGUCUUUCAUUUCCAUUUUUUCCUUCCAUUCCUCCCCUUGCCCCAUGAUAUGUUAUUACUCAUUUGGUUUUAAUGGUCCAUAAAUUUGCAUUGUCUCAUGCCUGUUUGCUUUGGAUGCUGUGUGCUGAGCUGUAACAAAAUGUUGCUUAUUUUUGUUAUAUGUAUAGACCUGCUUGCUUUAAGUAGUAGAUUCUGAAAUAGCUUUCCUUGCAUGUCUAAAAUAAAAGUAUUGCAUGUACUUUG